UUGGUCUUUGUCUCAAACGCAUCAAACAAGCAUAAACCAUAUCUGCCGUCUCUCUCUCAUCAUUUUCUUCACUCUUCAACCAAACUCCAAUUCAUUGUUAGUUGAGUUCGAUCAAAAAUCCAUUAUCCUUAAUUUAAAUUUUUAUAUUAUAGUAUUAUUUAUACAUACAACUCACAGCCUUAAAAUCCUGAAUCGUACCUUUGCGUCUCUAACACUAACAAAAGAGGUGCAGUUUCAUAUAUACUUGGGGAAGUGGAGUGAGUUGGCAGCUCAAAAAUGGCAGAAAAUCAGCCAUUAUUACGAAGCGAUGAUAACGAAGUGGUGCGUGAAAGUGAAGGAAAUGAAAGGAAAAGUAAAGCUUCUGCUCGUGUUGUUUCUCUCGAUGUUUUUAGAGGCCUUUGCGUUUUUCUAAUGAUGCUUGCCGAUUAUGCUGGUUCUGUUUUCCCAAGCAUUGCUCAUUCCCCAUGGAAUGGUGUCCGCUUGGCAGACUUUGUAAUGCCUUUCUUCCUUUUUGUUGUUGGAGUUUCCCUGGCAAUUGUAAAUAAGAUAGUUGUAGACAGAACUGGGGCAACCUUGAAAGUUGUGUUUAGAACAUUGAAACUAUUUCUCCUUGGUAUUUUCCUUCAAGGGGGUUACUUGCAUGGGAUAACUGGUUUGACCUACGGUGUGGAUAUUGAAAGAAUACGAUGGAUGGGAAUUUUACAGAGGAUAGCUGUUGGAUAUAUUGUAGCAGCUUUGUGUGAGAUAUGGCUUCCAUGUCAAGGAUUGAAAAGAGACAUCCUUUUCAGCAAUUAUAUUCGGCAAUGGUGUAUCAUGAUCCUAUUGUGUGCUAUACACAGUGGCUUGUUAUAUGGUCUGUAUGUACCUGAUUGGCAAUUCAGUGUGUCGCAGUCAACAGGAAGCAGCAUUUAUGAGGUAAAAUGUUCUGUCAGAGGUGAUCUUGGACCCGCAUGUAAUUCUGCUGGAAUGAUCGAUCGCUAUAUUCUUGGAAUAGAUCACCUCUACGCAAAACCUGUGUAUAGAAAUAUGAAGGAAUGCAACGGAUCCAACAAUAACAGACUUUCUGUGAGUACGCCUUCUUGGUGUCAUGCCCCUUUUGAUCCUGAAGGCAUUUUAAGUUCACUAACAGCUGCUGCUGCAUGCAUCAUUGGACUCCAAUACGGUCACAUACUUGUCAAAUUUCAGGAUCAUAAAGAACGGCUAUGCAGUUGGUCCGUCCUCUCACUUUCACUUCUUGUAGUUGGUUUGUUCCUUGCUUUCAUAGACGUGCCAUUAAACAAAUCGUUAUACACGAUAAGUUAUUUGUUGGUAACCUCAGCUGCUGCUGGAAUCACAUUCUGUUUGCUAUAUGUGCUGGUGGACAUUUAUGGUUGGAGGCGCUUGAUGUUCGUUUUGGAGUGGAUGGGAAAGCAUUCUCUUAGUAUCUUUAUUCUCAUAACAUCAAAUAUAGCUGUGAUUCUAAUUCAAGGAUUUUAUUGGCGGGAUCCACGUAAUAACAUUGUUCGUUGGGUUGUGACAAAGUUCGUACAGAAAUGAUUUCCCGGCUCCAUGAGUUCCCUCAUACAAGUCAAAAAGUUCAAAUGUACACCAGUAUUUGUGAAGUAAACAGAUACAGGUAUCUGCAUUAUUUGCUUGUAGUAGUGACUCAUUAUUCAAUGCUAGCAGUUAUGGUUAUUCAGGUGCUUCAACCUGGUCUCCAUUUUCCAGUACGUGUAGAAAGGAUGUUGAUUGAGACUAAUCUAAGAUACCCUGCUACUGAGAUGAUGAAGCAGAGCAGCAGCAAGCGUCUAUAACUGUACACAGUGACAGAAAUAUUUUCUCCUGUAGACAGAUUUGUCUAUUAGAUAAACAAGGGAAAUCCUACUUGCUGCCUAACUAAUGCAGCAGCUCAAAUGUAUAACCAUUGUAAUUGAUCAGCGACUACAACAAACCCAGUA